AUAAAGGAGGGGUGGGGCUGCACACUUCUUUAAGUCACUGGAGUCACCGCACCUGAGCAUAAAGAUUGAUCAUGACUUUCGUCCUGGGCAUAGCCCUGCUGGCCUUGGCCCUAUCAGGGCCCACCGUAGCCUUUGUCCCCAUUGGGGGUGGGGCAUCCACUCAUAUCAGCAUUACAGGAACGGCUCUAUUGCAAAAAGUGACUGAAACAUGUCGGGCAGUGGCUGAGGCAGCUGGUCAUGAGUUCAAUCCCACGGGUUCGUCUCCUGAAGAGCUGGUCCAGGCCUGUCUGGGACCCACAGCAACAGGAGAAGUGUCUGGUGCCAAGUUUCACUCCGCUCUUCAAGAAAUCUACACCCAGAACGGACUGGUAGACCGUGACUUUGUCAACAGUGCUCCACACCACUUCAACUCAGAGGCCUUUCUGGAAGGACGUGGCCUAAUCAGAGAGGGCAUGGCGGCCAUUAAAGCUAACAUUGGUAAAGAGAACUUCCAGGCUGCCAGGGAAACACUGGGCAGAGUCCUUCACACACUACAGGACUUCUACAGCCACAGUAACUGGGUGGAGCUGGGAUACACAGAGCCAUACAUCAACCUCAUACGCCCAGACCUUCCUCUGGAAAAUCUGGCAGAUAUCAACACUGCCACCUGCAGUGACUGUGCCAGUGGAAAAUGCCCCAAUCCCAUCCUCCCCAACAUCCUGAAGGAGAAGAAACUCACAUCAGGCUACAUGGGAAUCUUCUCUGCAGCCAAGCCUAAAGGUAAAUGCAGUCAUGGAGGUGCAGCUGACCUGACUAGUGCAGCAGUUCCUCGUGGAGGCAUAAGCAAAGAUGAGCGCCGCUCCGACAACGUGGUGCUCCACAAUGCUGCUGUGAAUGCAGCCACAGCCGCCAGCCUGCAGCUGCUGGAGGACAUCCGGUUAGCUGUCGGUGACAAUGACUUUCUGAGAAUGAUGGGGAUUGCCCGCUCCUCUGUCGUGUGCUUCGUUAUUGAUACCACUGGCAGUAUGUCAGAUGACAUCAAUGAAGCCAGAGCGGUUGUUUACGAAAUCAUUGACAGCAAAAAAGGAACGCAGGAUGAGCCAUCCGAGUACAUUCUGGUGCCUUUCAAUGACCCUGCGUUUGGACCUAUGAUCAGAACAACAGACCCUGAUAAGAUGAAAAGGGAAAUCUCUAAGCUCACAGCAUCAGGAGGUGGUGAUAUCCCUGAGAUGUGCCUGUCAGGACUUCAGUUGGCUCUCACCGGUGCCCCUGCCUCUUCCCACAUCUAUGUUUUCACUGAUGCUAUAGCCAAAGACAUCGACCUCAAGGACACUAUUGUUGCUCUCAUCAGGAGCUCCAAGUCAACGGUGUCAUUCUUCAUGACCGGGGCCAGUCGGAGGCGUCGUCGUUCCCUCCGAGCUCCUUCCUUUGAAGACUACAAGGACCUGGCUUUGGCCUCUGGAGGCCAGGCCAUCCAGGUGUCUAAGAGUCAGUUACCUCAGGCCACAGAUGUCAUCCUUGACACGUCCACUUCAGCUCUGGUGACAGUCCUUCAGCGUGCAAGGAACCCUGGGAAGCAGGAAACCUUCCCCUUCGUAUUGGAUGAAACUCUAAAAAAUAUCACUAUCUACAUCACAGGAACAUCCAUUACUUUCACACUGACCAACCCUGCAGGUGUGAGCCAGAACCACAAUGAGGCCAGCGGUAAACUGGGGACCAUACAGACAGUGGGCAACCUGAGGAGAAUUCGUCUCAACGCUGACAAGCAGACAGGAACCUGGCAGAUAAACAUAAAGUCCAACCAAGCAUACACACUUAAAGUCACAGGCCAGAGUAUCAUUACCUUUAUCUACAACUUCGUGGAAAGCUUCGGAGGACCUCACCCAGGUUACGCAGUACUCAGUGGGCGUCCACAAGAAGGCCAGCCGGCCACCCUGAUGGUCUCAGUAAUAGGUAGGAAAGGUCCGUCCUCGCUGGCUAUUGGAGACGUUGGUCUGGUAACUGUAUCUGGUCCUGAGACUAAUAGCAAUAGCACAACAAGUGACAUGGGCAACGGAGACAUCUUGGUGACUGUUGAUGAAGUCCCUGGGGGAGAGUUUGUGGUCAUUCUGAGAGGAACUGACAAACUGUCAAACACAGAAUUUCAGAGGCAGUCUACCACCCAGAUGUCCGUCUCCAAAGUGAAUAUUCAGGCUGUGGUGGACAGCAGUGUGGAGCCAGGGAAAGCCUUCAAGCUCCCCUUCAGUGUCAUGACCCAAGGCUCUGGUGGUAAAUACUCCAUUGGCGCCAGAAAUGACAGAAACUUCCCCAUGUCCUUCCCAAACAGCCUCACCUUGACAGCUGGACAAUAUGCUAAUGCUACUUUAACCAUAACACCACCUGCCAACACGCCAUCAGGCACUGAUGUCACUCUGACGAUAGAAGCCAAGUCGUCCAGUGGUGCCGACUCCAAUUAUGCCGUUUUGAGAUUUUCGGUUGUUACCAAGAUUACAGACUUUGUUCAGCCUUUGUGUGAAGUGGUUAGUGUGCUGGCUAAUGAUUGCCCUCAAGAUGUGUCUCAGUGUGGACCUUUCCGAUGGGAGCUCUCGGCCAACCUUACUGAUGGAAACGGCACUGGAAUAGAGACUAUUUCCCUGCGUCAGGGCAAUGGAACCCUCUUACACAGCUCCUUGAGUGAUCCUGUUGUUUGGGCAAACUACACAUCCUCCUGCUGCUCUCAGAUUGUUGAGUUUAUAGCUGUAGAUAAAGUUGGCAAUGUGGGAAAGUGUUAUCAGUCCAUUGUACGUUCUGCUGGCCCUCCUGCUUUAACCCUGUCGCUGCCACUGUGGUUGUGCCUGCUGGUAUCUGCCUUUGUAGCAAGGGGUUGAAGGCCUUAAGGCUAAGUUGCUCAAAUAUCUUGCUUGAAUAAAAUGUGAGCACUGAUGUGUACAAAGUUGCUAGAAAUUAAAUAUUUAUGAUAAAAAAAAACCAUUCAGCAUGCACAGUUGGAUAUUUACUCUAAUAACAGCUGUAUGAAGAGUCUAAGUUGCGGUUUCAAUUAAAGAUUUCAAGCAUUGGAAUAAAGGCUUGUAGCCUA